CGGAUGUUAUUAUUAAUCUUACACCGCAAAGGCUUAUGCCUCGCUCAGCUAGAGCAAGCGGUCCCUCCUCGUUGUUUUACAUGCAAUGCAUCCUCUCACGUGCUGCGUCUUCACAGCGCAAGCGCUGUGUAGGCGUUCCCUGUAUACCCUCAUAUCCAACAGUCCGGAACUCAUCCUUCCGGCUUGGUGACGACGGUGCUGUGGGUGGCCAUCCCGGCCCUGUGCGUCACUCUAGCGCGCAGCGUGGGCUGCGCGCCGAUGGCUUUGGCUCAGCGCUUGAGCCCUAUGCGUCUCCCCCUCCUCCUCCUCCUGUUGGCCUUUCCUAGGUCCUCCGUCUCCCUGUCUGGCCCUGGAUUCCCCUCCUCCUUGCUGCGGAUAUUGGAUGGCAGCGAGUGCUGACAAGCUCCCAGUAUUGAUCG